UCCACAUAAACACACACUCAACUCAAGAACUGUGGUUGUUUACUUUUAAAUUGCUGCCAAUAACUGUCAACAUCAGCAAAAUUCAGGAAGAUGCAGAUCUAUGCUUAGCUCAGCUUUAGGACAACUGCUGUGAACAGUGCAUGGUCUACAAAUAUAUAAGUGUUUUGGCUGGAAUCAUUGAUUAUCAUUAGCUUAAAUUUAUCGUUGUUGGGGAUCCAGGAGCUGCAGAGCUUUCACCCUUCUACUUGAUGCUACAUUGGCUUAAAUUCAGGCAAAGUUCAACCAAGAUUUAAAAUGACAGGUUGUGCGGUUCUGCAAAUUGCUUUGACAGCUUCAAGACAAAAGAAACCUCUUUUCUACAUCCUGAGAAUGGCUUCCUCUAGCAGUGCUCGUACCGCCUCUAGUUUCAUGUUUGACAAAGCUUACGUGGAUGGCAAGUGGGUGUCUGCAAAAUCUGGAAAGACUUUUGAUGUCCUAAAUCCAGCAACAGGAGAAGUCUUAGGGAAUGUUCCGGAUAUGAACCAGUCAGACGUGACGGAAGCCAUUGAUGUCGCAAACAAUGCUUUCCAGAAAUGGAGGUUUACCUCUCCAAAGGAACGUAGUGUUAUCCUGAAGAAGUGGUAUAACUUGAUGAUUGAGAACAAGAAAGCUUUGGCAGCACUCAUAACUCAAGAAAAUGGAAAACCAACGGCGGAUGCUGAGGGAGAAGUCAUGUACAGUUCUGGUUUCUUGGAGUGGUUUGCCGAGGAGGCCAAAAGAACCUACGGUGAUGUAUUGCCAAAUUAUGUUCCCAACAAGCGAAUUAUGGUCAUUCGGCAGCCCAUUGGCGUGACUGGCAUGAUUACUCCUUGGAACUUCCCAAGUGCCAUGCUGACAAGGAAAGCAGGAGCUGCCAUUGCUGCUGGGUGUACAGUGGUGUUGAAGCCUUCGGAGGAGACACCCUUCUCUGCCUUAGCUUUGUGUCAGCUGGCAGAGGAAGCUGGCUUACCGGCUGGAGUUCUCAAUGUUGUGACUGGCAGCCGAGACAACGCAGCUGCCCUUGGGAAAGAGUUGUGUGAGAGUCCUAUCGUGUCCAAGAUCUCCUUCACAGGUUCUACUGCAGUGGGAAAGAUUCUCUUAUCCCAGUGUGCCAGCACAGUGAAGAAAGCCUCCCUGGAGUUGGGCGGCAAUGCUCCUUUCAUUGUGUUCAACAGUGCAGAUGUCAAAACGGCUGUGGCUGGGGCCAUUGCCUGCAGGUUCAGGUGUUCUGGACAGACUUGCAUCUGUGCUAACCGUUUCCUUGUGCAAGAAGGAAUCUAUGACGAGUUUGUUCAAGCUCUUGGUCAGGCUGUCAAUGCCCAGCUGAAAAUGGGAGAUGGUUUUGAGUCCAGCACCACUCAGGGGCCACUCAUCAAUGCAAAGGCUGUGGUAAAGGUUGAUGGCUUGGUCAAGGAUGCUGUUGGUUCAGGAGCUAACGUUUUGGCCGGUGGUGAGAAGGGCUCCCUCGGUGCAUGUUUCUAUCAACCAACGGUGUUGUCUAACGUGACCACUGACAUGAGGGUGGCACAGGAGGAGAUAUUUGGACCCGUGGCAGCUUGUAUCAAGUUCAAGACAGAGCAGGAGGCUGUGGCUAUUGCCAACUCUGUGCGCUACGGAUUAGCUAGCUACUUCUACACCUCUGACAUGGCCCAGGCUUUCAGAGUCUCCGAGGCUUUGGAGUUUGGCAUCGUCGGGGUCAAUGAGGCUUUGACCUCUGCUGUAGAGGCGACCUUUUGUGGGUGGAAGGAGUCCGGCAUAGGCUCGGAGGGCGGAAAGUAUGGCAUUGACGAGUACUUGGAGAUGAAGAGCAUUUGCUAUGGAGGAAUCCAGCCACAGUUGUGAAGGGCCGUGGUUCGCUGAAGACUUAAAAUAUACAAAAUUUGAAAGAAAAAAAAAGAGGUUCCUCUCACUAAAUAAUGACAAUCGUAAUUGUUGAAAUAGGUGCUGUUUGAGUUGAGAGAAACAGGAGAGAGAUGAAAGUUGUUGUUUUUAUUGCUCCUAAUAGGACCUAUUUUUAACAAUAUGAAACUUUUACAUGUAUAAAUAACCAUUUAUAACAGAGAGCACAAACAUCCAAUGCUGACUUUUGAUUUUUAACAGUAUUGCUGGUCGACAUAGUGAGUGCCCGUUGAGUGAAAUAUUUGUUUUCCUCAAGGGCAAACUACAGUUGCUACAUUUCUUUGCACUGUCACUAUAGGACGACUUUGAUGAUGCUAAAUUGAAAGCCGUAGCUUCAACUAAUAGUGAUAAUAAAUGAAUGUUCCCAUUGAUAUGUGAUGACCACAACAUUAAAAUAUUUUUGUGUGAAGUUUGAAUUUUGAAGAAGUUGGUUCCUGUCUGCAUGCCAUGUGUAUAAUAAUUGCUGCUUGUUUGGAUUUUAUUCAAAUUGAGCCUCUGAAAUAAAUGUCCUUUGAAACAAUACAUUUUUCUAUAACAUCGUGCAGGUAAGUUUCAUGACAUAAGACUUAUCAAUUUGUUCUACAUAAACUAGUGAUCACAGAAUUUAUCUGACAACAAAGACAGCAAUGUUGCUGAAGUGUAGAGCUAAUUGAUGUGCCUUAUGUCAUGAAAGCUGCCUGUGCCUUGUUAUAUGUUAGGAUGAUUUUUGUUUGAAAGGAGCUUGAUUAUCUAUGGCGCUUUUAAAUUUGUUUGUCAAAGAAAUGAGUGUUUUGCUCUAGUAUGAUUCAUGUUUUUACCACUGUUUAAAUAUAUAUAUAUUUGUAGUCCAGGUCAGUCUGGCCAACAGCUUACUUGUGAAAGAAACAGAUACUGAUGUAAAAUUUGUUUUAAGAUACAUUGUCCUGUUUGUUGAUGGUGUAUAGCUGGAAGGGUUGGUUGAAUAAAUCAAAGAUUACGCAGCAAAA